UUCGCGGCCCUCUCGUAUUGCUGGGGAACUGGUUCACAAACUCAACUCCGGUCACAUACCUUCGAGACACUAACUCAACACUUGGAACUCAGCGAUCUUCCUCAGACCAUCAAAGACGCUAUUAUUGUUACACGUUCACUUUCGAUACCAUAUCUAUGGGUGGACGCACUAUGCAUCAUCCAAGAUGAUCAGGAAGACAAACUCCGUGAGAUUGGGUUCAUGGCAAGAAUAUAUAGCAUGGCCUAUGUCACCAUUUUAGCUUCGAGUGCAGCAGAUGCAGCCGAUGGAUUCCUCCAACGAUGCCCUACUGAUAGAUCUCCAAGUGUUCAAAUACCAUUUCGAAUAUCGCUGGAUCAGUUUGGAAGUGCCACUGCUCGGAUCGGUGAUUUCAGUGGACAUGCUGCUAGGCAGGACAACCCAUUGAGCCAGCGAGCAUGGGCUUUACAAGAACAGAUGAUGGCCAAUCGACUACUCUUGUACACUCCCUCGACUUUAGAAUGGCGGUGUGCAGCAGGUGUGAUGAGCUUAGAUCAGGCGUUGAGCAUGGAUUGGAAGUAUAACCCAAUGCCCAUGUUGGUUUCUCAACUUGCUGAGAGUCAAGAAGAGGCCCUAGAGCAAUGGCUUUGGAUUGUCAACGAUUAUUCGCGAAGAGCUAUGGCCAAAACAACCGACAAACUGCCUGCUAUCGCAGCUUUGGCUGAAACGUUUGCUUCGGUUCUCGGAGAAUAUCAUGCAGGCAUUUGGCAGCAUGGUUUCGUCCAACAGUUGGCGUGGAAAAUAUCAGAGUGGAUACGAGGCAGACGCAGUGACGUUUACAGAGCACCAUCAUGGUCAUGGGCCUCCAUAGAUGGCGAUGUCGAUUUCGGGUCAACUGACAAAACUUGCUGCACUCUCGUGUCAGUAGAGUCCGUGCCCAAGAACGAACAUGUUCCUUAUGGAGAAGUGGCCCAAGGAGCGACCACACUC